AUGCGUAUUCGCAUACAGCCUCGCAGGAGACCACAAGGUAAGCGAACCCCAGGUAAGCUGAAUGUUGCCUUGUUGUCUUUGCCCGCUCACAAUAUUCAUUUCAGCAAUGAGCAAGCUCAACGGCUAGACAAAAUUCCCAUCACCGAUGCAGCCGACGAAGAGGCCACCAUUGCAGAGAACAUCUCCUUGGAAAACCGCUGGUGUCAACUACGAGACACGGUCCACGCGACGACGCUCACCGUCCUCGGUCUCGCUCCCCGCCAACAGCAGGACUGGUUCGACGACAACGACGCCGCCAUCAGAAAUCUGCUUGCUGAGAAGAACCGCCUACACAAAGCCUACGUAGGCCACCCCACUGAUGACAACAAAGCUGCUUUCUCCCUCAGACGCCGCCAGCUUCAGCAAUGA